CCUAAUUCAUUUUUUCAUUUUACUCAGCAUACACUGCUCUCUCUCUCCGUCGGCGCCUCUCUCCCCAGCUUCCCUUCCCAGAAUUCCCAAUCAGACGCCUUUCUCCUCCACUUCACUGACGACUGUCGGCAGCCCGGUGGGCACCGACGGCGUCUCCCUAAAUUUUUCAGUCGGUGACAAUGCUUUACAGUCGGAGAAAAUGCUUCGUUUAAGUAUCAGACGCACGAAACCAAUUCGUAGCAUCCAUGGACUGGAGAUUUCGGAUUCGGUGCAAGUGAUCGUAGGUACACUUAUUGGCGGCAGUCUUCAUUUCAUCAGCAAUCUGGAGAGCCACACACUCCGAUUUCUGUUAUUUCGAAUGAUACGGCAAGGCCUCUGCUUUCGCGCACUGUUUCGAGUAUAGACAUCCCACCGGAGAUUUUCUCCGACGACUACGAAAGGGAAAGCACUUACGAGGAGGAAAAAGACUCCAUGAAAGAGAAGAAGACAUUAUCAGUUUUGUAUUCGGUGAUAUCGAUAUUUAGAGUUGUAAGGUCCGGGAAUAGGCAAAUGAAGAGGCUUUUUAUGAUGAUUUCGCUCAAUGUUGCGUAUUCUACUGUGGAAUUGGGAAUUGGGCUCUUCACGGGGCGUGUUGGUUUUGUAUCUGAUGCAUUUCAUCUGACAUUCGGUUGUGGUCUCUUAACAUUUUCUUUAUUUGCCAUGGCUGCUUCUCGAGGAAAGCCUGAUCGUGUGUACACUUACGGGUUUGAUAUUGGCAUCCUGGUUUCUGUCCCUCGGGUAUAUUGCUUCAUCUUGCAUUUUCAACUUCAGGUUGAGAAUGCUGAAGUCUUAUGUUUGGGACUAGUUUCAGUUGCAGUUUUUGUGCUUGUCAUGCCACUCUUUAAAUCUACUGCUGGCGUCUUACUUCAAAUGGCUCCACCUAGCAUUCAUUCUUCAGCAUUGAACAAAUGCCUAAGACAGCUGAGAUGCAACCUCUAAAGAGAGAUCAUGGUUAUCCGCUGCGAGUGGUUGUUCCUGGUGUUAUAGGUGCACGUUCUGUCAAAUGGUUGGAUUCCAUUAACAUAAUUGCAGAAGAAUGUCAGGGCUUCUUUAUGCAAAAAGACUACAAAAUGUUUCCCCCAUCAGUGAAUUGGGAUAACAUCAAUUGGUCUACCAGGAGGCCACAAAUGGAUUUCCCUGUCCAGGUAUAUGCUUGAUGUUGCUGCAAAGAUUUUUCAUUUGUUUCUUUGGAUAAAAGGGAGAGUUUAUUACAGAAAUGAAAACCACCUCCUCAACCACCCCCCCCCCGCAACCAAAAAAGAGGAGAGAGGAUACUGGAUGAUAAAGUAUCUUCCUCUCGAUGAAUACAAGUUAUUUGGCAAUUCAUUGGUUGAAAUCUUAUUAUUGGGAGCCUCAGACAGAACAGAUUCCUUUCCAAAGAGAUGGAACUGCUGAAAUCAGGAAAGAAAUCAAAUCAAAGGAAAGAAAUCAAAUCAAAACUCCAGGAAUUGGCAUCAUGCUUGAAAGUUAGGCAGAAUUCCCUACCUGGUUCUUCACUAAUCAAAGGAAAACGUUGCAUACAUUUCUUGGCCAAAGUUUGGAAUUCUUUACUCAUAAUAUUGCAUUCCUUCCUCAAGACUUAGAAGGUAGUGCUACCUCUUCUGCCUUCUCUCAAACAGGAACUGGGGGAACAUCAACAAAUGUUCCAUCAUCCCAAUCACCAGAAUGGAAGAAGGAAAUUGAAGCAAAGUUUGAAGAGAAGUAUAAUAGUUUGCAGAAACUUGUAGAAGACCAAAAUCAGCUGAUAGCUAAAAUGCGUGAUGAAAUACAGACAGCGAAGAUGGGACAACAGUCUUCCUCAUUGAUGCCAUCAUCGUCUGAUAUUCCUCCAGCUCAUAGAUCCCUUGUUGAUUCACAUAUGGAUUAGCAUAAUGUCAUUUCUCACGUACUUAAAUAAUAUAUUUUAUGAUAGGAAUUUGAUACUAUUUGGAUCCAUUAUAUAUUUUGAGAUAUUUUAAGUUUCUUAGUGUUGAACUAUAGUAAUGUUUUGAACUUUUAGAUUGCAGAAUUAUGAAAUGAAGUUUAUGUGUA